UUACUACGUGCUUACUACUUACUACUAAACUAAAAAAGAAUUCAUUAUUAUCGUUAGAUCAUUACAAUGGUAACAUAUUAUUUUAGAUAGCUAUAUCGUUGUCGAAUUCAUAAUUAAUAUAAUUUACAGUUAUAAUCUAGUAUUAAUUAUAUAGAACUAUAUUAGGAACUUGUAUGUUACGCGUGCUGCCAAAAUUUUCUUAAAAAGGAGAUAAUUUAUGCAAUCGUCAUGGCAGAGGAACCAGCAGUAUCAAGACCAGGCGAAGCGGCGCUUAAAAACAUGCAGCUGUUGAAAAAAGAAAGCAGUGUCUUCAAAAUUCCUAAAGUGCCACAAAAAAGACCUGAAAAGAAACAAGCCAAGGUUCUAGAUGAAGAAGUGUAUGUAGAGGGCAUUGCGAAGAUAAUCCAAAGAGACUUCUUCCCGGACCUGGAGAAGCUGAAAGCUCAGAAUGAGUAUCUGGAGGCCUCGGAGAACAAGGACUAUUCACGUCUGCGGGAGCUCACGCGCAAGUACAGUGGACAGAGACCACCUACUGAACCUUACAACUCCCCAGCCACUUUUGACACCCCUGAUAUAAACCACCAGCGCUCUCCGCCCAGAGAACAAAGCACUGAACGCGCGCCAGAAAAGCCCAGGGAUGUCACCGACAAGCACUCGCUGGACUCGUUCCUCGCGGCGCACACUAGCGAGGACAAUGCCAGCUACGACCGCGUUAUAGCGCUGGAUCAGAAAAAGAAGGCAGCUAAGCUAGGCUCGGCGCUGGCGGCCGAGGCCGAGUCUCGAGACAAGGCCGACUCCGCGCUCGCGUUACCGUCCGUCGAGCAGCAGGCUGACCAGACCGAGCGCCCCCUGGAGUUGGACACAUGGCGCUACACGGCUCGUAACUACAUAAUGUACGUGCCCGACGGCUCCUUGUCGCAGCGGCCGCCGCCGAAACCCUCCCUGCGGCGCCACAACACGCGCCUGCGCGCCCAGCCCUUCGACCACGCCAAGAGCAAGGCGCACAUCUCUGCGCUCGCCCGGGACCAGGACGCGACCGCCCACGGCAAGAUCGGCGUGGACGGAGCGGCGCAAGAUCACUCCCUGCUCCCGCCGCCGUCGCCCGCUCCGGGCGCCGGGCCCGACGCCUCGCCGCUCAUGACGUGGGGCUCCAUCGAGGGCACGCCCUUCCGGCUCGACGGCGGCGACACGCCGCUCCCGCAGGUCGGAGUGGGCGCGGCGUACCGCAUGCUGGCCGCGGGCGCCCGCGAGCGCAUCGCGCUGCAGCUGGCCGAGCGCGCCGCGCGCCGCCGCCGCCCCACCACGCCCCGCGUCGCGCCGCCCACGCCCAGUUUCAGAUCGAACACAGAGCGCUUGGCCAGCAUGUCUCCGGCGGCGCGGCGCCUCGCCACCAAGCACCUGCUGUCGCCGCGCCUCAAGCUCACCCCCCGGGGCGUGGGAGUGCACCGCCACCACACCACGCCAAAGCCCUCCCCCACCCCCUCCCCCACACCGCGCCGCGCCAUCCGCACCCCGCUGGUCCAAUCGGCCGCCGGUCAAACCCAAACGGACAACCUGACGGAUAACCUCCUCCAGAUUAAUUUGGAGAAGAGAUCGAGAUUAAAAGCGCAAGAUUUCUUCAAGUAGCGAAGGAUUGACCGCCGUUCUCGGACAUGUGACAGUGUGUGUCUUUUAAUCGAGCGAUGUUAUAAAGUCACGUUUAUUUUAUCAAGUGGAUAUCGCCAUCGUAAGCCUGCAUUGCGAUUGAUUGUACCGAGUUAGCUCGAGUGACAAUUUGUACGGGACAUUAGAUUUAUUCAUCGCGUUAGAUCGAGGUGUCGGUGUGAUACGCCUAACGGAUGGGACGGUAACGUAUGUAACCUUUAACAACUUAAAUAUACACGAACUGUACACGGUUGAGUAAAAGAUUUGUACAUUAUGUAUAGAAGAUUCCGGCUCUUACUGUACCAUUGUGACACAAUUAAACGACCGUUCGUAAACCUUAUUGCGAGGAAAUAAGAUGUACCGAUGUCAAUUAACAGUGUCACUGUCAGUGCGCGUGAUUUGUGUAAAUGUUACAUAUUAUUAAAACUGCCAAAAUCGAUUCUUUCUACUAUCAACAUUACAGAACCGGUGGAGAAUUAUAAUGAUCUUUUCUUUUUAUAAUAAAUAACUUAUAAUAAACGAAUACCGAAAUAAAGCGUCUAAAUAACAAAGUUUACUAAAGUCAGUCCAAGCAAGUGCAUUAGUGCACCCAUUAGAACUACAAUGUCAACACUAAAUAUAUAUUUAUCAUUUUAGAUAUAUAUUUUUCGCCUAGUUUAUAACAAACAGACACAUGUAAUAAAGAGCCGUUUAUAUAGUUACUAGAGAAGUUUGUGACUUUUAAUUAUACUAUAUAACUGGCACUAAAUACUGACCGGUAUAGUAAAUAACACAGCAAUAAGAAAAAAUAUAUACUGAAGAAAUGAAAAAUUAUUACACUGAUGGCCCCAACAUUUUAUUUCAACUUCGAUAAAAUCUAAUGUUAAUACAUGAUAUUGUGCUUACAAACUAAACAUGAAUAUUGCUAUUCAAUAUUCUAACAUUGUCAAUGAUAAAUCUAUAGAGUUAUUCCUAAUUAGUAAUUACAAAAUGAAUGCUCGAUAAUAUUCAAUAACCGACUUUAGCACAUCAUUCGGGGUUCUAAGAUUAAUAAUUAUACAUGAUACAUGUAAACAUUAAAAUCCGUCAAGAAUUAAGUUCUGUUUUAAAACGAAACGAAAUAAAUAUAAACAAAAUAAAAUUAUUACUUUUAAGUUGGUUAAAGUAAUUGUCACUAUUUAAUUAUUUUAUAUUGGCAAUAACAUGCUUCGUCAAGUCACCCUGCACCAGUUAAACUGCGAUUGAGGUAAAGAUUAUUCAUUUAAGCGUAAGCCAAGACUGAUUCAUUUAUGGUAAUUAAUUAUCAUCAAGUUUUAAAACUACAUAUUCACCAAAACGCGCCUAAAAUUAUUCUAAACCACGUUUCCGGAGGUUUCGGUUUGUUGUACUCCGAAUUAGGUUUCGGUUUCGUAUCAUCCGUGGGAUCUUCCUUGAAGAUAUUAACGAAAGAAUUCCUUAUUCCGAACUUGAAGAACGCCAAAUACGGGCAGUAUUUCAUCAACCAGAGGCUAUAUAAAUAGUUUAGCUUGAAGUAGAUGCGUCCUAAAAAUGUGGUGUGGAAGAACAUGACGAGAUAGGUCAAGUUCAAAUUGUAUUUGGACCAGAAAGGGAGAGAGCUGUACUCGGGGGCCUGGUCGAUGGUCUCGUAGUCGCGCAGGUGCAGCAGGCGCGGCGCGCGCGCCGGCA